GCGGGGGAAUGGGCGGAGCCAGAGCCGGAAGCAGCAGGUCGGGGGCGCCGGCUUCCUGAAGUCCCUCCCAGGGGAGGCGCUUGUGCUCUAGGGUGGUGGGCCAGGAAGGUCGUGUGGUUUCUGGGUGUCUAGCCAUUCCCUCUGCCCCACUCACUUUACGGUAGGGCUAGAAAUCGCCGGUGGGACCAUUUGACACCACGAUGGGCGGGGCAGCUGGGGCCUCUGCCGGCUCCCGGGCGCCCGCGGUUCCUCCUCAGGUCCCGGAGUGGCGUCGGCCUGCGGUGGCGCCGUAGCGCCCCUAGCGGCCGGGCGUGAGCCUCCCGGCCCCGCCCACCCCCGCCAUGUAUGACCGCGCGCCCCGCUUGCUCAGGCUGGCCGUAGGGGGCAGCACCGAGGCGCAUGUGGGUCCGGGUUCCUAUCAGGUACCUUUCCCCAAGGAGCAGGUGGCAGAUGGCUAUGCACCAUUUCUCUCCUGGAGUGCCAGAGAAAGUUCUUUUACUGUUUCCUCCAAUACUGGAAAAGCUCUUCCAGGCCCAGGACAGUAUAAUAUUUCAAAAUCACAGAGUAAUAUAAAAGGAGGCAACAGUCUACAAAACCGAGAAAUACGUUUUAAGAAGAUUAUUUCAGAUAAUCCAGGACCUGCAAGCUAUAAUCAUUGUUAUCCUGGUUCAUUACAUAUGAACCAGAAAUUACUAGAUGCUAAAGAGCAACUUCAGUUUAAAAGUUCAAGACCCUCUACAGUUAACAGAAGUCUCGAUAUCCCUUCAAUUCCUUCCUAUAGACAGUCACAUGGUUAUGAAAUUAGUGAUGAUGGAAGUAUCAAGAGACUCUCUCCACCCUGUACUGAUAGCACACUAGGUCCUGCUUACUACAGUCCUCAACUUGAUGCAUCCAAAGCAACUCUAAAAUACAAAGGUGUACAUUUCGGGACAUCUUCUAGAAGUGGGCAGUUUUUACCGGUACAGGCCGGUCCUGGUCCUGGACAGUAUGAUAUAGUCCAGGAAAAGACACUGCAUUAUGAAAAUGUUAACGUCAAGAAAGAUCAACAACAAAGUUAUUCCUUAUUUCUCCCACGAUUUUAUGAAUUAAUAACAUUGCAGGAGAAAAAAAGGGGAGUACCAGGGCCUGGAAAAUAUGAAAUUAAAAGUCAAUUUCAGAAGACUGAAGGUACAACACAGAAUGUAAAUGACGCGUCCCCUGCUUUUCUUUCUCAAUCCCAGAGAUUUGUACCUAUUAAAUCAGUCACCCCAGCUCCUGGUGCAUAUAAUGAAACCCAAACUGUUGUCAAGUCAUCAAAGAAAACACAGGUGAAAAGUACCCCAUUUGGUCAAGGUGCUGCUCGAUUCACACAGAUCCACAAGAAAGAGGAGGUACCAGGUCCAGGAUUUUAUGACAUCCUACACAACAGUAUAAUUGGCAAAAUUAAAAAUAUCUACUUGCAGAAACAAAAAAAAUGUGCAUUUGGUUCUUCUACUCCUCGAAGUUUUUUUGCGAUCCGGAAAGACUCUCCUCGGCCCUCAGAUGAUCAGAGAACUUGGAAUUCAUCAGUCUCUGUAAUUCCAGAAGAAUUACCUAACUUGAAAAACAACUAUGCUGUUUUCUUGUCAAGAGCAAAAAAAAAACCUUGUAAGGUGGUACAUACGGUUUUCCCAGCUCCUGGCAGUUAUGAAGUUCGUAAAUCAUAUGAGAUUUCACAUAGUAAGCGUAAAUACAUGCCACCUCGAAGCAUUGUGGCUGAAAAAAAGCAUUCCUCCUUUCUUAGUGGAACUCCUCGGUACCAAGAAAAAGUAACUGUAGGACCAGGGCCUGGAGAAUACAAUCCUGAUUUAAAGAAAUCUUGUCCCAUUCCCUUAUUUGUUAAAGUACCGAAGCGUUUUGAAGAUGCCAGAGAGGACUCUCCUGGCCCAACAACAUAUGAGCUCAGUCCGUUUUUAAGACAUUCUGUCCUGAAGAAAACAUUUAACGUCACUUUGCCAAAUUUUUCCUUGACUGAGAGAAAAAAUACUAUUACCAAAGAAAAUGCCAAACCAAAGCCAAGUAAAAAAGCCCAGGAGACCAAUCAGAAGCUGCUAUUCGAUCCAUUCUGAAGGUAAUAUCUGCUAUAUAAAGGUAAGCUGACAGUUUUCACAGAGAAGCGCUUCCAGUACGAUGAUGUCCUCCAUCAGCUGCCCAAGAGGUCAUAAUUCUUCUAAGCCCAAGAAACCGAAAACGGGUCUUACAAGACAUUUAAUUCUUUUCCCCACUACAAAAUAUUAUAUAUGUUUAUCGGAACUUCAUGCUUCCAUAUAAGAUAUAGUGCUGAAUAAAGACCUCUGAUGAAAAGCCUCUCUUUAAUUUAUGUGUUUACUUAUUUGCUUUAUAAUCUCAUUCUCUCACCAGAGAAUCCAGUUACUUUCUAACCCACACACACGGAAACCAAGUAAAUGACAUUACUAUGUGAGUUUUCUUCUAUUUGUUAUCUUAGGGUCUGUUUCUUUCAAAUUCUAAAACUGCAGAAUAAAUGUCAUAAGGAAUGGUUCAGUAUUUUUAUGUUGUGUUAAGUUUCUGUACAAAUAGGAGAAUGAGUAAAAAGUGAUUAAAUUGUGGUAACAUAACAUAUUCUGUUCCGCAGCUAUUUAUUUGGUGGAGAUGGAUAUGGUUAUUUAUUUUCUCAAAUUUUUGUGGUACUAUGGAUCAAACUCAGGGCCUCAUGAAUGCUAGACAAGUUAUCUGCCACAUAUGAUAUGCCCCCAACCCUAUUUUCUUAAUUUGUUGAGACAGGGCAUUGUUCAGUCUUUAUGAGGUACAUUAUGGUAACUUGAAGCAUAUUACAAUAUGAAAUAAUCCAUGCAGGCAAAUAAGCACUUCUGUCUCUUCAAAUAUUGAUUCUUUGUAUGUUUUGGAACUUUAUACUCUUCUUGUAAUUUUGAAAUGUAUCACAGAUUGAAUCACUAGUACCCUUCUGUGCUGUAGAGCAAAAACAACUAAUUCGUCCUCUCUCCAUGUGUUCUGGUACCCCUCCCUCAAUGUGUUUCUCUCUCUUGC